AUGUGUCUCUCAAUCAAACACAUCCACACCUGCGGACACGCAACCUACCACCCACAACCAUGUUCCUCCACUGCCAAUCCCCCCCACUGUCCCUAUUUCGAAGCUCGCGAGCUCGAGAUCAGCAGGAAUUGUAACCAGUGUUUGUUGGAUCAAGGCGCAUAUCACGGGAUCGUCGCAGGACGCGAUCGUACGCACGAGGCGGUACGGAGAAAAAAGAGUUUGGUGCGAGAAAGGGGGAAGGUUGAAAAGGGGAAGAUCAGGAAGGAGAAUGGUGCGGGCUGUUGUCCGGUUAUGUGA